UUGAUUUUAGAACAUUUAGAUCCUCAAAAAGGUACCCUGUACCCUUUAAUUAUCACUCUUUAUGUUCUCAUUCCCUCUCCUUCCCCUGAAACACCACUAAUCUAUGUUCUGUCUCUAUGGAUUUCCCUAUUCUGAACAUUUCAUAAAAAAAAAAAAUCUAUCAAUGUGAAAUAUCUUUCGUGACUGGUUGUUUCACUUAGUAUAAUGUUUUCAGGGCUCGCCCACACUGCAGCAUGUCUUAAUACAUCCCUUCUAAUUGUGGCCGAAUAAUACUGCGUUCUCUGGUGGUCACACACUUUGCUUACCCAUCCAUCAGUUGACGGACAUUUGGAUGGUUUCCACUUUUUGGCUAUUGUGAAUAGUGCUGCCACUCACAUUUGUGCGCAUGUGCCGGCUUUCCUUCUCUUGGGUAUAUACCCAGGAGUGGAAUUGCUAGGUCAAAUGAUAACUGUAUGUUGAACCAUUUGAGGAACUGCCAGACUGUUUUCUGACAUGGCUCCCCAUUUUAUUUUACUCAAACAUGGGAACCUCACCAUCAUUCAAGGGUAGGUACCUACCCUUACUUUGCGUAAAUGUUUGUAUUAAUAUUUUUGUAAGUCUUAUUCUGUUGUCUAAUAUUCAUGGAUAGGUAAUUUUUUGUUUAUUAUUGUUUUUAUAUAGAGAAGGUUUUACUUAUUUGAGUGGUGGUAUGUACCUUUAGGAUACAAGAUGAUUUAUUGGAAAGGAAGAACAGAGUGCUAUUUUCAUGAAUUUUUAAGUUACACAAUUUAUUAGAAUAGCUAUGCACAUAUAAGGUUUAUAAAUAAAUAGUCUCAUACUGGAGAUGUAUGUACAAUGAUUUUGUUUGUUUUUUUAUAAAUAGGUAUAAUCAUAAAAUUCCUGGCAUGGUGUUCUAAAAACAUGGAAUCAAAUAUAGUGGUAUGGUUUUUAAUCCUUUGUUUUGUGACAGAUCUCUUGGGAAAAUUCUUAAAAUUACUUUGCCAAUGAAAUUGCAAUUAUCCUAAUAUUUAUGGCACACAUAAAUAUCAGUGGAACGAGCUUUGGAUCAGGUGUCAGACUUGUUUUUUGUUUUACUUCCCGUAGUUAUUCAUGCUGAGGCUUUGGGCAAGUCCCGUAACAUUCUUUAUUUCAGUUCCCAAAUCAGCAUACUAAAACCUGAAAUAUUUCAAGUUUUCAUUGUGUAGAAUGAGAGUGGUAAGUGUGACAUACACAGUGACCACAGGAAGUUAGUCAUUUGUGUAUCUUGGGCAACCUUUUAAUUUUCUUAGGCAAAAUAUCUAUGUUCCUUGGUCUUUGCCUUUGUUGGGUCUUCCCCUUCUCACCACACCCAUUUGUCAUAAUUGCUUUCUGUCCUUCCUCUGGGUUCUUUUGACAACAGACCUUCAAAAUUAGGGAUCAUUGUCAAAGGUCAAGUUGGUCGGAGAGAAGUCUGCGCAGUGCCACAGCCACCAUUGCAAUAUUGCCCUAUUUCCUUCCUGGUGCUUCUCGUGUCAGAACACAGAGUUCAGCAUGUGUUGUGGUGAAAUUGCUGUAUGAAAAUGGCAGUUUACUCUGACUCCUGGCCACUUUGUGGAAGCUAUGGACUCGCUUGAUUGGGCAUCUUAAUGGUUUCUGUUUGACAAGUGAUAGUGUGAGUCUGUCACCAUCCUUUGGGGAUGUGAGUCUAUUUAAAGUCAAAGCUUGAAGGGAAGUAGAUGCGGAAAGAUGGGAAGAAGACUGGGGAACUGUGUUAACCCCAAAUAGCUGACAUGCUGUCUGUUCACUUGCAUUUGUUUGUUAUUGAACACGCUCAGGAAGCCACCCGAAAAUCGGCAUAAAUGAAUUUUAUCUUUCACUUCAACUCUUACUUGUGAUUUCUAUUCUCUAACUUCCUUUAUUCUAAGGAAAUGGUUGACAGAAAUUUUAGGUCGUGAUCUCCAGUUUCUUCUAAAGGGUGACAUCUAUUCUAGACUUUCUUUCUUGGGCAACAGGAAUAACCAACAGAGCCAUACUUAGGUACUGUUUGUUCGUUCAUUCUUUCAUUCAUUUUAUUCACACUUGAAGAAUGUAUUUGCUGAGCACCUAUUAUGUGCCCCUGUUCUACAUUCUGGGAACAAAGUCGUGUCCAGGUAGAAUUUUUUUAAGAAGUUACCCUCAGAGAUUUUGCAUUCUAGAGGGUGUUAGUCUUUGAGAUUAAAUAAGAUGGGGAUUCGUGCUAAGGAGUAAAAAGAAAACUAGAGGUGGGUAGGGGGAGAGGAAUUCCUGGCUGAGGCAGUUGCCAUGACUUAUAUGGGGGGACCAUGGAGCCAUUGCUGAGAUGGUAACAUUUAAGAUGAGUCUUUAAUGCUCCUAGUAAUGUAUUCAGUCAGUAGUUCGUGCUGGGGCAGAGAAAAAUCUAAAACCCUAAAUCUGACCUGCCUGUGCCUAUUCAUAAGAUUGUUAGGGUCUUAGCAGCUAAAAGCUGCUCUUUUGCCAUCAAAGUGCUGGCCAGUUAUGGUCUGAAAGACUUUUGUGAGGUCACUAUAGAGGUCAUGGUGGCUCAUGCCCAACUGAAUUGUCCACAAUACUCUGGCUCUGAGGUUGCCCUCAUGAUGCAGUCCUUCUCGACAGAACCACUGACUUUGAGGGCCAGAGACCCAUCCAGAAUGACUUGGCAGGGAGGGUCCAGGAGUCUCUCUUUUGUCUAGGACCGUUGCUGCUGCAUAUAUACUAACUAGUAAUCUGGCCCGUGCUCACCCUCAAUAGGAAAAUCUCAAUAGAAAUGACGAUAAGCUGUCUGGCCCCUGGCUGGCCUCCUGGUGAGUUCAAGGCCCUAAUCCAGUAGCACAGCAGAACUCACACCACCCUGAGCCUGGAAAGAUGGUGUCACAGUCUACAGGCCGGCAGGAUUCUCCGGUGGACUUGUGGGAAAGGGACGGCAAUGACCCUGGCAACAUUGAUGGUUCUCCCAGCCUCCUGGACACUGACCAGUCCCCUUGCCACUCAGAUGUCAGGUUCAUGAGGCACAAAGCUUCCUGGAUUAACCCCCAGUGUGAGCAGCAACAGCUGCAGGAUUUGCCCCCUCGGGUGCCGACAAGGGGGCACAGUGGGAGCCACUUUGGAGGGGACACCGCCUCUCCCCUCGGCUCCUCACCAUUGUCUCUUGGGGACUCCGCGGUGGAGACAUCACUGUCGCAGGAUCCUGUAGACUCUGCCCAGCGCUCAGGUGACAAAAGCAGCGACCUCUGUUUUACCUCCACAGAAGAGCAGGCGGUGGUUUUAGGACACUCUCCUCAGAUGUUUCUGUUCACAAGCUCCUCUCCCGGUCCUGAAGCUGACCAUGCUUUGCUGCAGCCUUCCCAGCUGACAGCUUCCACCGAUGAAGGUGCUGUUCAAGUCAGUGGAAGAACCACUUUUUCGAAUUCCUUCUCUCCAGAGGUAUUUCUGCUCCCAGUCGAUGUCGAAAAGGAAAACGCCCACUUCUAUGUUGCAGAUAUGAUUAUAGCAGCAAUGGAGAAAGUUAAGUGCACCAUCCUGAGUCAACAGCACACAGAGCACUGGGGUGUGGAAGAAGCCAGUGGGGCGCUCGGGAAUGACCACGCUGACUCUGAAGUCACCUUUUAUACCAACAUAAAGCAAGAAUCUGGGUCUUCCAAUUCUUCUGACAGCGGCUAUGAAGGUUGUGCUAUGCUACAGGGCAGCCCCGUGGCUGGGACACCCACUUACUGUGAUGUGCUGAAAGAAGCCUGUAAAUGUGAUUUCGAUGACUUUGUUAUCGUAGAACUUGGUGAGUUUAGCAAUAUCACAGAAACCUGUGGAUGUUCCUGCAGCUCCUCUAAGAGUAUCAUUUAUGAGCCAGACUUCAGUUCUGCUGAACUAAUAGCCAAAGAGUUGUACCGAGUAUUCCAGAAGUGCUGGAUGUUGUCAGAUGUUAAUCAUCAACUGGCAGAUUCUCUAAAUGCUGCUGGCUCGAUAGUAGUGAAUGAAGAGCAGGUCCGGAAAGACUUUGAAUCCAGUGUGGAUGUCGUUCAGGAAAUUACCCUUAAGUCGAGGAUCAGAGGGGCUGAAGACUGGGAGCCCCCCAGAUUUCAAAUCAUAUUUAAUGUUCAUCCACCACUCAAGAGGGAACUCGUGGUAGCAGCCCAGAAUUUUUUGUGUGCUGGUUGUGGAACUCCAAUAGAACCUAAGUUUGUGAAGCGCCUACGGUACUGCACCUACCUGGGGAAGUAUUUCUGUGAUUGCUGCCACACGUACGAGGAGACCUGCAUCCCUGCCCGGAUCCUGACCACGUGGGACUUCAGGAAAUACUACGUCAGCCAUUUCUCCAGACGGCUGCUGGACGGCCUGUGGCACCAGCCCGUUUUCAAUUUGCUGAGCGUUGGCCCCGGCCUGUACGCCAAGGCCAAGGAACUGGACAGAGCGAGGGAAACCCGGGAGCAGCUUUUUCAUAUCAAGAAGCUGUUGAAGACCUGCAGGUUUGCUGAAAGCGAGCUAAAGGAGUUUGAGCAGGUGCCGAGGCAUUUGACUGAUGAGCUCCACCUGUUCUCCCUGGAGGAUCUGGUCAGGGUCAAGAAAAGGCUGCUGGUGCCCUUGCUCAAGGACAUUCUAAAAGCUUCCCUUGCACACGUGGCCAGCUGUGAGUUGUGUCAAGGAAAGGGCUUCAUUUGUGAAUUUUGCCAGAGUACAGCCGUCAUCUUCCCCUUUCAGACCGAAACAUGUAGAAGAUGUGCAGGGUGCAGAGCUUGCUUUCACAAGCAGUGCUUCCAGUCCUCCGAGUGCCCCCGGUGUGCACGGAUCACAGCUAGGAGAAGACUUUUGCAUAGUUUACCUUCUGCAGCAACAUGAUGCCCUGAAUGUCGUGGAAAAGACUGUUCAACAUGCCUUAUAACACCGAUUCGUGUCUAUUAUUCAUCAUAUCGUUUCAGAUGUUGAGUAUUGUAUGUUAAGAAAAAAUGGCCAAUAUUGUUUUUUAUUAUAUAUAUUUAAUGUUUUAAAAAGAAUGCAUGUGUUUGUGUUAUUAAGCAUAGGUUUGUUCCUGGUGGUUUUGUUUACAAAUGUUCAGUGUUUUUGCUGCUACUGUAUUUUUUUAAAGAGCUUUUUUUUGAUACUUCUUAAAUCGUAUUUGAGUGGCUGUGUGUAGCUAAUAUUGGAGCCUAUUUUUGUAUGAAUUGUAACUGACAAGACAAAUUACCCUGUUCCUCUUUCUAUAAAGCUUGUUUUGUGAAACGGAUUGGUACUUUCAAUGAACAAAAAUGCAACCAGCGAUCUGUUUACUCCCGGUUUUUUUCCGACUUAAAUGCCAUUUUGUAAUUGUAUCCCUAUUACGGAAUUUCCUUAUUCCAGGGUUGGUAUAGAGAGUACACGUUACUUCUGCAGGUGCAUCAAUUUCAAGAGGAGCUUGAGUUGCUUGGCGGUUCCCGGAGCUGCUGGUUGAAGUAGUUGACUCUCUGUAGCUCUCUUAGAGGCGCACAAAUCCAGCCUGCAUUUGUCAUCUCUCUUCCACACACUAAGUCAAGGGAGGCACCGCUGGGUAGAACGUCAUCCCUGCCCUUUAGGAUUUUGUCUCAUUGAUAUAAAACUGAACAUAAGGUAUUUACAGACUUAAAUUGUGAGAAACUACUGUCAAUGAACAAUGUGAUUUUAGUAAUAACAAUAAAAUCAUAGACAUCAAUUAAAAAGGUGAGGUAAAUCACUAAACCAUUA